AGCGAGCUCGCGGUGCUUUCUUGAAGGCUCCCGCAUUAUUGUGCUCGCAUUUCUCGUGCGGUUGUCGACUCGGAACGUAUCCUCUAUCCUCUUAUCGCCGGGUAAUAUAAUUUCGGUUUUUGGAUACAUCAAAAUUCUUGUUACAAAAUGAUGAAAGUCUUGGUUCUGUUGAUGGUCAGUUUGAUCUGCGUCAUAAUUAAUGCUCAAGAGACGGCUAAUGAGAAACCAUUUUUCGGUCAGACGUUUGAUGAAAUUGUCGUGUCAUCAGACUUAAAUGUCAGAAGAAAAUCAAAAGAAAAUCGUCAAGGUAAAAGAUUAUCGAACGUGCCGUCAGGAACCACUGGUCCACCGGAAAAGCCAACUGCAAUUGCGUCCAGACUUGUUUCCGCCGAUGGAAGCCGUAUAACGCCGGAAAAAAGAGAGAAGCGUGGCAUUGUUACAGAGCGAAGGAGGUAUCUGGAUUUGGGCGUCGCGGGAUACUUGCUGAAAUCUCGGAAACGGUGAAAAUUCUAUCCCGAAGACAACCGCACGACCCUCCACACCCUCAUCUGUGAUCACACCUCUUUCGAUGAACUUUUAGGCCACGGUUCAUGUAAAAAAAGAAUAAUAAAAUUUUUCUGUGUCAUAAAA